AAUCCUAAUAAAACUACUCUCACAAUAUGGAAAUUUGGGAAACUACAAAACCAUAUUCUACUCAAUUUCGAUUACUCUGGCAAUAAUAUGGAAAUUCGGGAAACUACAAAACCAUAUUCUACUCAAUUUCGAAUUCUUAAUCUUCAACUAUAUAUUUAAAUUCUGAUCUUGUAUCUGAUCACUUCCCAACUAUUCUUGAAAACAAAGUUCCUUCAAAAUUCCAAAACCCCUCCAAAACCCUAACUCUGUCAUCUCUUUCUCGAUCUCUGCUCUCUGCUCUCAUGGCUACUCUCAAUGAUCGUUACUUCACCGUGUACCUCGCUAAGGCCGCCCUAUCUGCCAAUCGCUACCCCGAUAUGGCUGAAGCAAUGAAGAAAUUGGCUAAAUUCGACAUGGAAUUCACAGAUGAAGAGCGUAAUUUUCUCUCUACAGCGUACAAGAAUGUCAUCGGACCUAAGAGAGAAUCUCGGAGAACCUUCUGUGAUCUGGAGAAGGAGGAAAAAGACCAGACGAACUUAAUGCGUAUUCGAGAUUAUCGCCUUAAAAUCGAAUCGGAGAUUACUGAUCACUGUAACGAUGCAAUUAAGAUGAUUGAUGAUCACCUUCUUCCUUUUGCUUCAACCACUGAAUCUUCCGUCUUUUACUUAAACAUGAAAGCCGAUAAUUAUCGGUACCUAGCAGAAAUCAAAUCUGGUGAUGAGAGGGACGAAGCUGCUGAUCAAUCCUUGAAAGCUUAUGAGGAAGGAAUGGCCAUAGCAGUGGCUAAUUUGUCGGUUGGUCAUCCGGCACGCUUGGGUUUAGCAUUGAAUUUGUCUGUCUUUUACUAUGAUAUUAUGAAUUCUUGUAAAAGGGCGUGUACUUUUGCUAAGGAAACUUAUGAUGAGGCUACAUUGGAGUUGAUUAAAAAAAGGGAUUACCCUAAAGAGUGUAGUAUCAUCAUGCAGUGUUUAAGGGAUAACGUUGCAUUCUGGGCUCUGGAACAGGAGAAUCUUCGAAACCGAAACCGAAACCGAAACCGAAACCGACUUUGCUGAUCUUCAUCUUCUAAGCUUCAUUCAAUUUAAUCUUAUUUUUAUUGUUAGAUUAAUUAGAUCGAUACUACUCUCGUUCAUCAUUGUCUGCAUAUCCGUACUAUAUGUUGAGUACGGUUAUCGACAUUUCGGAUAUAUAUAUAUGAUAUUAUAUUAUUAUGUUGGUAUAA